AUGAGUGGUAGGUUUGUGAGAAAUGCAAAAUUCGUAUUCUGUAAUAAUUAUUCGCAAAUUACAGUCAAGCUGAAAAAUAUUAAAGAAUUUAUCUAAACGAUAAGGUACCAAUCUCACUGUACAGUAUUUGCCUAAACCUGUAAUAUAAUGGCCCGUUUCCUGUCAAAGGACCAAUUGGAAGGUUUUGAAAAAUAUAAGUAUAAUUCCAUUGACACAAGCAUAUUAAGUAAUUAUGUUAUGCAUCCAUUCUGGAAUUGGUGCGUACAGUUUUGCCCGGUGUGGGUGGCACCAAACCUGCUAACAUUUACUGGCUUUCUACUGACAGUCCUUAACUUUCUGUUGUUCUCGUACUAUGAUUAUGGAUUCCAUGCCCUCACAAAGGAGAAUGUAACCGAUGAUCACAUACCCAGCUGGGUAUGGGCAGUAACUGCAGUAAAUUUAUUUGUGGCUUAUACACUCGACGGUAUUGAUGGCAAGCAAGCUCGUCGCACGGGCAGCAGCGGUCCUUUGGGUGAAUUGUUCGACCAUGGUCUCGAUUCGUAUUCAACAGUUCUUAUACCCACAUGCUUGUUCAGCAUAUUUGGAAGGGACGAGCUAAGCCCAUUACGGUUUUUCUUCGUCAUAUGGAAUAUAUUUAUAAACUUCUACCUCACACAUUGGGAAAAAUAUAAUACGGGCGUCAUGUUCUUGCCUUGGGGUUACGACUUUACAAUGAUUGGUUCGUGCAUUCUCUUGCUAGUGACGUCAGUGAUCGGGCCGCACGCGUGGCACGUGAGCCUGCCGGGUGGUCUCACCCCCGGGAUAGUGUUUGAGGUGGUGCUUUACUUCUCCGCGAUGAUCACCAGCCAGACUGUCAUACUAUGGAACAUUUACAAAUCAUAUCGAGACCGCACUGGCAAAAUGCGCCCCUUCUUGGAGGCAGUGAGACCACUCGUGCCUUUGCUGAGUUUCUUUAUACUUAGCACAGUGUGGGCGCUUUACUCGCCGAGCGGCGUGCUCAACAGAGGGCCUAGGCUCUUUUACGUGCUCACCGGGACUAUAUUCUCCAACAUUAAUUGUCGUCUGAUCGUAUCGCAAAUGAGUGACACCCGCUGCGAGGUGUUCAACGGCCUACUGGUGCCCUACGCGUUGGUGCUGUGGGCGGUGUUCUGGUACCACGUGACGCCAAUGACUGAGCUGAUGCUUUUGACUGCGCUAACGGCCCUUGCCUCCGCUGGGCAUCUCUACUAUGGCACCAAAGUGGUACAGGAAAUGUGUGAACAUUUUAAAAUAUCAUGUUUCCGCAUAAAGCCAAAGAUAAAAUAAGAAAAUUAGUGAAUAUUAAUUUAUUAUGUCGUUAAACAUUCGAUUGAUGUUACUUACCUCUAAUCUUAUGUAUUUUAAUAGUUUAGUUUUUUUGGGAUUUUAUAUAUACUAAUAAUUAUUAAACACAGCAUUUCAGUUAAGUGUAUUAUAUACCAAUCAAUUGUAUUACACUAUAAUAAAUUAAGGAUGUAUUCAAAUGAACCGCAUAUACUUAUAUAUUCAAGGGACCUGGUCUGUCUGUAUGCCUCAGUGGUCGAUCUAUGAAAUCAUUAAUACUUACGAUUGAGAAAUAAAAAUAAUAUGUACAAAGAGUAAGAAUUUUGCAGCAUGUUUCUGAUUAGCAGUGCAUGCUUUUUAUUCGAAAAAAAAAUAUUCUUACCGAUCGAAAAGUAGACACAACUUCAAUAGCCACCUAUGAUACAGGUUUGCGUUGAGUGGGCGACGGAAAUUUCCUUUAUUGUAGAAUUGCUUAGUGUUUCUUGAUUUUAUAUUAUUUUCAUUAGUACUUCUUCCUUAAUCGACCACUGAGAUAAUAGUUUAUGGCGUGUGACCUAGCACGGCUGGAAUUAGGUAACUACGCACUUAAUUUGAAUAUAUCAUUAGGCACCUGCCCCACCACCGCGUCGCUGACGAUUAAAAGACACAUGAAACGCGCAACUAUCGAAUUAUUCCGCGUAACUGAAAGCAGUAAAUAACACAUCCACAAUGUUAUAUUAAAAUAUAGUUCACAUUGCCGGUGAGAACUCUUGCUCCACAAGUUUGUCGCUGCGAAAUAAGCUGUCAAAGAAAAAAUUUGCAUCUGCAUUUAUAUUGGUAGUAAUAUUAGUUGCAAACUACGCAUAAAUUAUGAUGGCGCUAUGUGUUAAACUGACACCAAUGUAUUAUAUAUGUAUACUUUUCCAUCUCGCUGCGUUAUAUCUUCUCCCUCAUGUCAGGAACGUGACCGCGACAUACCACUAAAAACUCUUCUCCAAAAAAUAAGAAGUUUCACUUCGAGAAUCUCUCUUGUUAAAAUAUAAUACAAAAUUCUUAACUUUACUUUUUAUUACUUGUUAAUGUACAAUUCUCCUGCAAGUUUGGUUGUCGUCUAACUGGAUCGGUAACGCUGGGUCCCUCAAAAAACAUAAUUGGACCCGGUAGGUAGGUAGGCGCUGCUUAACCAGGUGGGACGACGUCUGCGAAGUCAGCUAGAUAUCACUAGUUGGCUAAAAAUUGAUAGUUGAUUAGUAGUUCGUUUAAUUUUUCGCAACGAUAAAGGCAAAUACUGGAUAGAAGCAGGCGUUGCGGAAAUCCAUAAUAUAUUAUGAAAAUUAAACUAACAUCGC